CUUAGAAAAGCGAUGGCAGGUGAACAGAAAUGAAAUUAAUAUAAAACAAUGGAUGACGACAACUCCAUCGUUAUCGUUGGAGUUGGUUGUAAGUUUCCCGGAGCAGACAACCUUGACGAGUUUUGGCGGGUGCUGAUUGAGGGAGAGAACCACGUGAUAGAAAUACCACGAGAUAGAUGGAACAAUGAUGCCUUCUAUCACAAAGAUCCGAACGAACCAGGGAAAUCAUACGUCACGCGGGCCGGGUUCAUCAAAAAAUACGAUGAAUGGGACAACAAGAUGUUUAAUGUCAAUGAAAUGGAGGCUGCAUGGGUGGACCCCCAGCAGCGCUACGUAUUGGACUGUGUCCAUAUGGCAAUAGAGGAUGGCGGAAUCACUAAAACAGUUCUUAAUGGGUCUAACACUGGAGUUUAUAUAGGUGUAAUGAACGACGAUUACAAAGGAAGCUCAAACAAUGACCUCAACACGAUGACAAAUUACAGUCUGACAGGAACAUCGCCGAGCAUAAUAUCCGCUAGAGUGUCCUACACGUACAACCUUCUGGGACCUUCAAUGUCAAUCGACACCGCCUGCUCCUCAGCACUGGUCGCUAUCCACACGGCCUCGCAAGCACUUAAAUCCGGUGAUUGUGAAGUUGCCAUUUGCGGCGGUGUCAACAGUAUUCUCUAUCCGGAUAUAUUUGUUCCGCUUAGUAAGGCACGGAUGGUAUCACCUACUGGACAGUGUCAGGCGUUUUCUGAUAAGGCCGAUGGCUACGCCAGAGGAGAGGGAUGUGGAAUCGUCAUAUUGAAAACAAAGAAACAGGCUUUGCUUGACGGAAAUAAAAUAUGGGCGGCCAUAGCAACAGGGUGUAACCAAGACGGGCGAACGACGACUCCUAUCACAGCGCCAUCUAGCAUCCAACAGCGAAAUCUGCUGCUGAAAGUGUAUUCUGAAACUGGAGUCAAUCCGGAGGACGUUCAGUACAUAGAAGCACAUGGCACAGGGACUCCAGUAGGUGACCCCAUUGAAACCAACACACUUGGCAAGUUUUUUGCUGAGAAAGCUCCAGUAGAUGACCAUCAAGAUAACAUCCUGCUUGGGUCGGUAAAGACAAACAUUGGUCACCUCGAAUCAGCAGCUGGAGCAGCUGGAUUGAUCAAAGUCCUCUUGAUGAUGACGCACGGUAAGAUUGUUCCUUCCCUUCACUUUGAAAAAGCAAAUCCGAAUAUCGACUUUGACAGUUAUCGUUUAGAAGUUGCACGGCAAAUAUCACCAUGGCCGUGUCUCACUCAAGGAGGAGGAAGGCUCUCGUGUGUAAACUCGUUUGGAUUUGGAGGGACAAACAGUCACGCCAUAGUAAAGCAGUACUCUGACGUAGUCUUCGGUGAAAAGACGAAAACUAUAAAAGAAAAACACAUCAUCGCUGUUUCUGCUACUGAUCUCAAAUCUCUAGAAAAAAACUUAAUCCAUUUGAAACAAAAUAUACACAAAGCCAAAUACUGCAUAGAAGACAUAUCGUAUACUUCAACAUGUAGACGAGAUCACUACACAUACCGCGUUGCUUUACAUGGAAACACCAAAGAAGACAUUGCUAGAAAUUGCAAAGAACAGCUUCAACAACUUCAAUCACUUAAACCACCAGGCUUCUCCAAACCAAAUGUAGUCUUCGUCUUCUGUGGAGUAGGCACCACGUGGAGGGGGAUGUGUCAAGAACUAUUGAACUAUUGAAGAAAGAAGACAUGUUCAAAGACACUGUAGAUAGACUCCUGACGCCUUUAGCCGGAUGGUCAAUAUUCCAAA